UUUGCAGUGGUGAAGAAAUGUCGUGAGAAGAGCACUGGUCUCCAGUAUGCGGCCAAGUUCAUCAAGAAAAGGAGGACCAAGUCCAGCCGGCGGGGCGUGAGCCGAGAGGACAUCGAGAGGGAAGUCAGCAUCCUGAAGGAGAUCCGGCACCCAAAUGUCAUCACCCUGCAUGAGGUCUAUGAGAACAAGACAGAUGUCAUUCUGAUCCUAGAGCUUGUUGCAGGAGGUGAGCUGUUUGACUUCUUGGCUGAGAAGGAAUCUCUGACUGAAGAGGAAGCAACGGAAUUUCUCAAGCAGAUUCUCAGUGGUGUUUACUACCUCCACUCGCUUCAGAUCGCCCACUUCGACCUGAAGCCGGAAAACAUAAUGCUUCUGGACAGAAAUGUGCCCAAACCUCGGAUCAAGAUCAUCGACUUUGGCUUGGCCCAUAAAAUUGACUUUGGAAAUGAAUUCAAAAACAUAUUUGGGACGCCAGAGUUUGUGGCUCCGGAGAUAGUCAACUAUGAGCCCCUUGGUCUCGAGGCCGACAUGUGGAGCAUCGGGGUGAUAACCUAUAUUCUCCUAAGUGGGGCCUCCCCGUUUCUUGGAGAUACUAAGCAAGAAACAUUAGCGAACGUAUCUGCUGUCAACUAUGAAUUUGAGGAGGAAUUCUUCCGUAAUACCAGUGCCCUUGCCAAAGAUUUCAUCAGAAGACUGCUGGUCAAGGAUCCAAAGAAGAGGAUGACAAUCCAGGACAGUUUGCAGCAUCCCUGGAUCAAGCCUAAAGAUACACAGCAAGCACUUAGUAGAAAAGCCUCCGCCGUAAACAUGGAGAAAUUCAAGAAGUUUGCAGCUCGGAAAAAGUGGAAACAAUCUGUUCGCCUGAUAUCACUGUGCCAAAGAUUAUCCAGAUCAUUUUUGUCCAGAAGUAACAUGAGCGUUGCCAGAAGCGAUGAUACUCUGGAUGAGGAAGACUCCUUUGUGAUGAAAGCCAUCAUCCAUGCCAUCAACGAUGACAACGUCCCAGGCCUGCAGCACCUCCUGGGCUCUUUGUCCAGCUAUGAUGUCAACCAGCCCAACAAGCAUGGAACGCCUCCCUUACUGAUCGCUGCGGGCUGUGGGAACAUCCAGAUGCUACAGUUACUCAUAAAGCGAGGAUCAAGGAUUGAUGUCCAGGAUAAGGGGGGAUCCAAUGCCAUCUACUGGGCCUCUCGGCAUGGCCACGUGGACACUUUGAAAUUUCUCAAUGAGAACAAAUGCCCUUUGGAUGUUAAAGACAAGUCUGGAGAGACAGCCCUUCAUGUGGCAGCUCGCUACGGCCACGCGGAUGUGGUACAGCUAUUGUGCAGCUUCGGCUCCAAUCCUGACUCCCAAGAUAAGGAAGAGGAAACGCCCCUGCACUGUGCUGCCUGGCAUGGCUAUUACUCCGUGGCUAAAGCCCUUUGUGAAGUUGGCUGCAGUGUGAAUAUCAAGAACCGGGAGGGAGAGACCCCACUGCUGACAGCUUCCGCCAGGGGCUACCAUGACAUUGUGGAGUGUCUGGUUGAACAUGGAGCUGACUUGAACGCUUCUGACAAGGAUGGGCAUAUCGCCCUUCAUCUUGCUGUGAGGCGCUGUCAGACGGAGGUCAUCAAAACCCUCCUUGGCCACGGGUGUUUUGUGGAUUUCCAAGAUAGGCAUGGCAACACACCUCUGCAUGUGGCCUGCAAAGAUGGAAGCGCACCAAUCGUGGUGGCCCUCUGCGAAGCCAGCUGUAAUCUGGACAUCUCAAACAAGUAUGGACGGACUCCUCUCCACCUUGCAGCCAACAACGGGAUCCUGGAUGUGGUCCGCUACCUCUGUCUGAUGGGCGCCAAUGUGGAGGCUCUGACCUCGGAUGGGAAGACGGCCGAGGACCUCGCCAAGUCAGAGCAGCAUGAGCACGUAGCGGGGCUCCUGGCAAGACUGCGAAAGGACACACACCGAGGACUCUUCACCCAGCAGCUCCGACCCACACAGAAUCUCCAGCCAAGAAUCAAGCUCAAGCUGUUUGGACACUCGGGAUCAGGGAAAUCCACAUUGGUGGAAUCUCUCAAGUGUGGGCUGUUAAGGAGUUUCUUCAGAAGGCGGCGGCCCAGACUCUCCUCCACCAACUCUACCCGCUUCCCACCUUCGCCCUUGGCUGCUAAGCCCACAGUCUCAGUGAGCAUUAACAACCUGUACCCCGGCUGUGAGAAUGUGAGCGUGAGGAGCCGCAGCAUGAUGUUCGAGCCGGGCCUCACCAAAGGGAUGCUAGAAGUGUUCGUGGCCCCGUCUCAUCACCUACACUGCUCGACUGAUGACCAGUCCACCAAAGCCAUCGACAUCCAGAAUGCGUAUUUGAAUGGUGUUGGUGACUUCAGCGUAUGGGAGUUCUCUGGCAACCCUGUGUACUUUUGUUGCUAUGACUACUUCGCUGCCAAUGAUCCCACAUCCAUUCACGUCAUCGUUUUCAGCCUAGAAGAGCCCUACGAGAUCCAGCUGAACCAAGUGAUUUUCUGGCUUAGUUUCUUGAAGUCUCUGGUCCCGGUUGAAGAGCCUUUAGCAUUCGGAGGCAAGCUGAAGAACCCACUCCGGGUUGUCCUGGUGGCCACACAUGCUGACAUCAUGAACAUCCCUCGGCCUGCUGGAGGCGAAUUUGGAUACGAUAAGGAUGCAGCCUUGCUAAAAGAGAUCAGGAACAGGUUUGGGAAUGACCUUCAUGUCUCAAAUAAGCUGUUUGUGCUGGAUGCGGGAGCAUCUGGGUCUAAGGACAUUAAGGUUCUUCGAAAUCACCUGCAAGAAAUACGCAGUCAGAUUGUCUCGGGCUGCCCUCCCAUGACUCAGCUGUGUGAGAAGAUCAUCUCCACGCUGCCCUCCUGGCGGAAGCUCAAUGGGCCGAACCAGCUCAUGUCACUGCAGCAGUUUGUGUACGAUGUGCAGGACCAGCUGAACCCCCUGGCCUCUGAGGACGACCUCCGGCGCAUCGCACAGCAGCUGCACAGCACGGGCGAGAUCAACAUCAUGCAGAGUGAGACGGUGCAGGAUGUGUUGCUGCUGGAUCCUCGAUGGCUCUGCACCAACGUCCUGGGGAAGCUGCUCUCUGUGGAGACACCGCGGGCCCUGCACCAUUAUCGGGGCCGCUAUACCAUGGAAGACAUCCAGCGCCUGGUCCCAGACAGUGAUGUGGAGGAGCUUUUGCAGAUACUGGACGCCAUGGACAUCUGCGCCCGGGACCUGAGCAGUGGGACUAUGGUGGAUGUUCCUGCUCUGAUCAAAACAGAUAGCCUGCAGCGCUCCUGGGCAGAUGAGGAGGAUGAGGUGAUGGUGUAUGGUGGGGUGCGCAUUGUCCCUGUAGAGCACAUCACCCCCUUCCCCUGUGGCAUCUUCCACAAAGUCCAAGUUAACCUGUGCCGGUGGAUACACCAACAGAGCGCCGAGGGCGACGCGGACAUCCGUCUGUGGGUGAGUGGCUGCAGGAUCACCAACCGUGGGGCUGAACUGCUGGUGCUGCUGGUCAGUCAUGGUCAGGGCAUCGAGGUGCAGGUGCGAGGGCUGGAGACAGAGAAGAUUAAGUGCUGCCUGCUGCUGGACUCGGUGUGCAGCACCAUCGAGAACGUCAUGGCCACCACCUUGCCGGGACUGUUGACGGUAAAGCACUACCUGAGUCCCCAGCAGCUACGGGAACACCAUGAGCCAGUCAUGGUCUACCAGCCCCGGGACUUCUUCCGUGCCCAGACCCUGAAGGAGAGCUCCCUUACCAACACCAUGGGAGGAUACAAGGAGAGCUUCAGCAGUAUCACAUGCUUUGGGUGUCAUGAUGUCUACUCACAGGCCAGUCUUGGCAUGGACAUCCACGCAUCUGACCUGAGUCUCCUGACCCGGCGGAAACUGAGUCGCCUUCUUGACCCACCUGACCCCAUGGGAAAAGACUGGUGCCUUCUGGCCAUGAACUUGGGCCUCCCAGAUAUGGUGGCCAAGCACAACACCAACACCAGGGCUUCUAGGGAUUUCCUUCCCAGCCCAGUGCAUGCCUUGCUACAGGAAUGGACCUCCUACCCUGAGAGUACAGUGGGCAUCCUGAUAUCCAAACUUCGGGAGCUGGGGCGCCGAGAUGCUGCGGACUUUUUACUGAAGGCCUCUUCUGUGUUCAAGAUCAACCUUGAUGGCAGUGGCCCGGAGGCCUACGCCUCAAGCUGUAACAGUGGCACAUCCUACAAUUCCAUUAGCUCAGUGGUGUCCCGGUGAGGGCAGCCUUGGCUUGGGCAGGGUCUGUAUGGCCUGAGAUGCAAGGGCGGUGGGGAGGGAGCCACCCAUCCUCAGUGUAGCUCCCCGUGCAUCCAUUCUGCUCC